CUCUCCUAAACACGCCCUCAUCAGUAUAUUCUGCUUUAAAAAUUAAAGAUUAAAGGCGGGGUCUGCAGGGGCGGAGCAAGAAAGCUCCGCAGUGAGCUCCACGCCCCGGAGGCUGGGAUCGGGUUCAUCUAGGGCGCGCCCCGCCGAACUCCCACGCCGAGCGCGCGCGCACCGCUUGAACCUUCGGCUCUUGGCGCUAAAGGGAUUUUAAGCAGUUGAAGCCCGAAGCCCAGACUAAACUGUGCAGGAUUGGCACCACUUUUCUGUUUGGUGAUCUCCAGCAUAGAUGGAGCGUCUACAGGCAGAAACUUUAAUGGACGACAUUUGCAGUAACCGGCUUCAAAUGUUAAAAGGAAAGCGGAGAAUCCGCGGCCGAAGCUAAGCGCUUCGCACCACUGUUCGUCCUCCCCGCUCUCUCCUUCUAGGCCACCAUGUCUGCAGGCGAUGGCACCGCGUCGGGGUCAGCGGUCGGGGAGGAGGUCUGGGCGGGAUCGGGAGUGGAGGUGGAGGGCUCAGAGCUGCCCACCUUCUCAGCCGCAGCCAAAGUCCGAGUAGGAGUGACCAUUGUGCUCUUUUUUUCUUCUGCUGGAGGAAACCUGGCCGUGCUGUGGACAGUGACACGCCCGCAACCUAACCAGCUCCGUUCCUCUCCCGUCCGGCGACUUUUCGCCCACUUAGCAGCUGCGGAUUUACUGGUCACUUUUGUGGUUAUGCCCUUAGAUGCUACUUGGAAUAUUACUGUUCAGUGGCUGGCUGGGGACAUCGCGUGUCGAACACUCAUGUUCCUGAAACUAGUGGCCAUGUACGGUGCAGCUUUCCUGCCAGUGGUCAUCGGGCUCGACCGCCAGGCAGCAGUACUCGAACCACUUGGACCCCGCUCAGGUGGAAGGAAAGUUCUGGGGGUGGCCUGGGGUCUUAGUGUCCUGCUCGCCUUGCCCCAGCUGUUCCUGUUCCAUACUGUCCGUCGAGCUGGCCCAGUCCCUUUCACUCAGUGUGUCACCAAAGGCAGCUUCAAGGCUCGAUGGCAAGAGACCACCUAUAACCUCUUCACCUUCUGCUGCCUCUUUCUGCUGCCACUGACUGCCAUGGCCUUCUGCUAUAGCCGCAUUGUCCUCAGUGUGUCCGGUCCCCCGCCCAGUAAGAGGAGCCAAGCCCCUGCCGGUGAAUUUAACCUCUGGCGCUCCUUAGACACUCGCCCCCGAGUUCGUCUUCGGGCCCUGCGCCUGGCCCUCCUUAUCUUGCUGACCUUCGUGCUCUGCUGGACACCUUAUUACUUACUGGGUCUGUGGUACUGGUUCUCCCCCACCAUGCUGAGUGAAGUCCCUCCCAGCCUUAGCCACAUCCUUUUCCUCUUUGGCCUCCUCAACGCUCCUCUGGAUCCUCUACUCUAUGGGGCUUUCACCCUUGGCUGCCGAAGAGGGCACCAAGAACUCAGUUCCAACUGCUCUGGGAAAGGAGCGUCUGGGAGGACGUCCCGACAGGAGAGUCAAGCCCCCAGGCAGCUAGAAGUACAAACAAAUGUGACACGCAGAGAAGGAGAAACACAAGAGACAUUCCUGUAACAUCCAUCUGCUCACAACACGGUACGGGUACACAGACUAUUCUCUAACAUCCUAAGAACAUCUGUUAACCUUGCU